CCAGAGUCAGCCGACGGGCGGAACCAUGCCUCUUGCAGCCUUAGGUGUCACCUGUUGGUCCAGGCGCGAGCCUGUGCCCAAGAGGACAUGCCGUUGGAGCUCCCUGUGAACGCUGGCAGGAGGAACGCCGGAGCUGCCUGCGAAAAUUAUCCGAUAAAGAGAAAUAUCCCUAGGAUGGACUUUCUGGUUCUCUUCUUGUUCUACUUGGCUUUAGUGCUGAUUGGUGGCGUUAUGAUUUGCAUUUGCUCGAGAACCCAUUACCUGAAAGGCCUGGUCCUGAGAAGCACACAGGUAUUUUCCUAUAUAAUUCCAGAAUGCCUUCAGAGAGCAGUGCUAAGGUUGCUCCACCAUCUCUUUCACACACGAAACUACACCUUCAUUAUCUUGCACCUCGCCUUGCAAGGAAUGGUGUAUGCUGAAUAUACCUGGGAAAUAGUGGGCUACUGUCGAGACCUGGACUUCUCCUUAUGUUACCUCCUGCUGCCUUACCUGCUGCUGAUGGUAAACCUGGUGUUUUUCACUCUGAGUUGUGUGACCGACCCUGGUACCAUAACAAAAGCCAACGAAUUAGUACUUCUUCAAGUUUAUGAAUUUGAUGAAGUCAUGUUCCCAAAGAACGUGAGGUGCUCUACUUGUGAUUUAAGGAAGCCAGCACGAUCCAAGCACUGCAGUGUGUGUAACCGGUGUGUGCAUCGUUUCGACCAUCACUGUGUUUGGGUGAACAACUGCAUUGGGGCCUGGAACACCAGGUACUUCCUCGUCUACCUCCUGACGUUGACCGCGUCCGCGGCCACCAUAGCCAUUGUGAGCACUGUGUUUCUGGUCCGGGUGGUGGUGUUGUCAGACUUGCACCUGGAGACUUACGUUGAUGACCUUGGACACUCCCAGGUUAUGGACACUGUCGUUCUUGUCCAGUACCUGUUCCUGACCUUCCCAAGGAUUGUCUUCUUGCUGGGCUUUGUCUUGGUGCUGAGCUUCCUCCUGGGAGGCCUUCUGUGCUUUACUCUCUACCUGGCCGCCACCAACCAGACUACGAACGAGUGGUACAGAGGUGACCGGGCCCGGCACCAGCGUUGCUCCCGUGCGGCGGGGGCCCCGUCAGCAGAGCCCGAGGUCUACCAGAACAUGCACUCCCACGGGCUUUGGAGCAACCUGGGAGAGAUCUUUGUACCUGCUGCUGCACAGGAUGAGAAAAAGAAGAAAUGAGGACAGGAAGAGUGUUACUGCCUUUUAAAUAUAGUGUACAUAUAUUUAUGCAUA